AUGUCUACCGUCGACCCGCCGCCCUCGUUCUCGCGGCACUCGAACAGCGCGGGCUCUCCUCUGCCCCGUAUCCCGCGCCGCAGCCCGUCUUACACUAGCUCGCGCUCAUCAUUCACCAUGACAGUCUCCGAGUCCCCGCCGAAAUCAACCGUCUUGAUGGUACAGCCCCCAACGCCUCCUCACGUCCCCGCGGUGACCAUCUCUCAAAGCACUCGAUCCUCUACUGCCUCAGGGUCGUCCAGCAGCUCCGAUUCACCCAUGCAGUUCCUCGUCCCCCGCCAGCGCCGCAGCCGGACGAGCUCCAAGAUGCGCUCCCCUGAAGAGUCUACGCCCACUCCCGCCGUCCUCCGUGCACGCUCGUCGUCUCCAUCAGAGCAGGUCGCUUUCCCAACAACGCACAAGGGUCCGCUCAGCCCCGAGACUCCCCGGCCAUCAUCCUCCGGCGGGAACAAGGUGCGCCCCGGCAACGGCACCGUCGCGACCAGCCUGCCGGAAUUCCCGACCGCCCUCCGCGUCGAGCCGCCCAACCGCGCGGUCAGCGUGAGCGUACCCUCAAACGUCUCCGCUCAGCUCGCGCGCAAGAAGUCCGGCGAGCCCCUGAAGUCGUCGCUCAAAUCGCGGCGCGCCGCCGUGCGCGGGGACCUCUCCGUCGUCACGGGCGAGGACGUGAGCGCGGGUGCAGGCCCGUCCCAGAGCGAGCCGGCGUCGCCGGCGCACAGCAGCAAGAGCGUGCACUUCGACUCGCAGCUCGAGCAUGUCAAGCUGUUCCUUGCGGAGCAGAAGCCGCUCGCGGUGAGCAGGGACGGGAGCCCGACGACGGACACGAGCGGGACGGACAGCGACUUCCCCGCGUUCAUCUACGGCGAGGACGACAAGCGCGAGCGGAGGGGCAAGCUCACGAUGGAGGUCGUGAAUAUGCCGGCGAAGGAGGCGCCCGCGCGGAAGGAGGCGGAGUGCGCGAUGCAGGAGCUGAGUCUGGGCGCGGACGGCGCCGCGGUGCAGGGCCGUGUGCGCGUGAAGAACAUCGCGUUCGAGAAGUGGGUCGCGGUGCGGUUUACGUUCGAUUGGUGGCAGACUACGAGCGAGGUCACCGCGCGGUACGUGCAUACCCUCGAGGGUGGCGUGUACGACGUGUUCGCGUUCACGGUCCGCCUCAACGACAUGCUCGCGCGGAUCGAGGAGAAGACGCUUUUCAUGGCGAUCCGGUAUACGGUCGCGGGACGGGAGAUCUGGGACAACAACGACGGCGAGAACUUCCAAGUCAGGUUCUCCAGGCAGCUCGAGGCCCCGCAGCCCGCGCCCGCGCGCCCGGUGGUGCAGUCGCAGAGCGAGAGCGAGACGGAGAAGGAGGAGACGCAGCGCAAGAACAUCUCCGACCUGCGCAUCAAGCUCGAGAAGGUUGCCUCCGGCCAGUCGCCCCGGCGCAAGUCGCUCUCGCCCUCGCCCGGCGCGGACACGUUCAACCUCCGCUCGAGCACGCCGCUCUCUGCGCGCUACGACCUUUCCGCGUCGUUCAAGCGGCCGUGGAAGUCGCCGUCGCCGACGGCGCACACGCGCACGAGCACGUACCCCGCCGCGACGUCGCCCGGCGCGUACCACACGCCCAGCUACGCGCGCACCAGGCCGCAGCUCCCGCCCCGCUCGUUCGGCAGGCCCCGUGUCGCCGAGGACCCGGUGAGCCUCACGCGCGGCUCGCCAAGCAUCCUCGACCCCGACGACGACUCGCCGCCGCAGGCGAUCCCGAAGGUCGCCCUGUAUGCUGGCAGCGACUCGGAGGACGCGGGCGCGACGCCCGUGCCGUUCUCGCGCAUGCGCGGACGCAACCACCAGCGCGGGUACUUCGACUUGGACCCGACGACGCCCGGGGCGGGCGCGCGGAAGGCGCUGCCCGCGGCGUUCCGGGAGGACGCGGUGCCGCGCUUCAGCUCGAUGGACACGUACCGCAGCCCGGUGACGGCGAUGGGCUUGUCGGGCGUGGGCCUGUUGGGCCCGUGGCCGAUCUCGAGGGGCGGCAGUGAGGAGUCGACGCCGUCGGUGACGAGCCAGUCGGAGGAGUCGAGUGCGUCGAGCUCGCCCGAGGGCUCGCCCCGCGGGGAGGGCAUGUUCGACCUGCUGGCGAGGCAGGAGAGGGGUAUGAGUCCGGCGAACGAUCCCGGGUAUCAUGUUUUCCUCAAUAAAUUUUGCUUCUACACGGGUCCGGACUCCCUGUUGGAUGUUCAGGCGGAGGCCAUCCAGCGCUCGCAUUCGGCUUCGAGCGUGGAGGAGUUCCUCUCGUCCCCAGUCACGAACUACCACCUGUCCCCCGGCGCGACACCGACGCGCUCGCCCAGCUUCGACGACGUCGCAUACAUGAGCGGCACGUCGACGCCCACCGUGCGGAGCAUGUUCGACUCGCAGACGUCCACCCCUAUCUCCCUUGCUUCGUGA